CGUACCAAUUGACCUUCAUUUCUAGCACGUUCUCUGCCGUGUCGUGAUGCUCCGGUGCUUGUCUGGCUUUCGUUCGUCGUCUUGGAGAUUGUGUGGCAUAGCAUCUGGGCGUAAUUACGCAAAGGAUGUAAAAUUUGGCGCGGACGCUCGUGCUGCUAUGCUUGUCGGAGUGGACAUUCUUGCAGAUGCGGUCGCCGGGACUAUGGGACCAAAGGGGCGGAACGUUAUUCUAGAAAGCUCGUGGAAAUCCCCCAAGAUAACGAAGGAUGGUGUCACGGUUGCAAAGGGUAUUGAACUUAAAGAUAAGUUUCAGAACAUCGGCGCCCGACUGGUGCAAGAUGUCGCGAAUAACACGAACGAAGAGGCGGGUGACGGAACUACCACUGCCACCGUGCUGGCCAGAGCCAUCGCAAAGGAAGGAUUCGAAAAGAUUAGUAAGGGCACCAACCCCAUAGAAUUCAGGCGAGGCGUCAUGCUGGCUGUUGAUGCUGCUGUAAAUGAGCUCAAAAAGCUAUCUAAGCCCAUAUCGACGCCCGAGGAGGUGGCUCAAGUUGCCACUAUAUCUGCCAACGGUGAUAGCACUAUUGGCGAGUUAAUCUCCACGGCCAUGAAAAAAGUCGGCACUGAUGGAACCAUAACAGUUAAGGACGGGAAAACUUUGAAGGAUGAGCUGGAGUUUAUUGAAGGGAUGAAAUUUGAUCGGGGCUACAUCUCACCAUAUUUCAUUAACACCGAAAAAGGGGCUCGCUGCGAAUUUCAAGAUUCAUUCGUUUUAUUUUCAGAAAAGAAGAUCAACAGCAUUCAAACUCUACUUCCGGCUCUCGAGCUGUGCCAUCAGCAGAAAAAGCCCCUUGUCAUCAUCGCCGAAGACGUUGAGGGAGAGGCACUUACUGCCCUUGUAUUGAACAGAAUAAAACUAGGACUUCAGGUCUGCGCUGUCAAGGCGCCCGGUUUCGGCGACAACAGAAAAAAUACCUUGCGCGAUAUGGCCAUUGCAACCGGUGGAGUCGUUUUCGGUGAUGAGGCAGAUAUGUACAAACUCGAGGAUGCCCAGUUGCAUGACAUGGGCAGAGUGGCUGAGGUUGUUGUUACUAAAGACGAUUGUCUCCUCAUGCGUGGGCGCGGAGCCAAAGCUGACGUUGACAAGCGGAUUUCUCAGAUUAAGAGCGAGAUUGAAGCUUCUAAUAGUGAGUACGAAAAAGAAAAGAUGCAGGAGCGUAUGGCUAAGCUCUCGAAUGGUGUCGCUGUCAUAAAGGUUGGCGGCAGCAGUGAGGUCGAAGUCAGCGAAAAGAAGGAUCGUUUCACAGAUGCUCUUAACGCUACGAGAGCGGCCGUGGAGGAAGGCAUCGUUCCUGGUGGUGGCGUAGCUCUUCUUCGUUGUAUCCCGUGUCUGCAGAACGUACAGUGUAAAAAUGAGGACCAAAAAAUAGGUGAGCUCUUCUGCCAGCUUCAUGUCAUCAGGGUUGUCUGCACCUACAAGUUGGCUUAACGAGUUUUAUCGUGUUUAGCGACAUCACUUUCCCACUACUUGCUUGCCAUUGUUUGCAACGGUUAUUUUAGUCCUCCGAGUGGGCACUUUAGUUUCCCAUACGCCCUUCAAGGUUUUGCGUCUGUGACUAGCCUUAUUUUCAUGUUUUGCAGGUCGAUAGUGGUCAUCGAGUGUUCCGACCGAGUCAACGACCUGCGCCGGGUCGAUCGUGACCUACAUGAAAUUCGCGCAACUUGAUUAGUGCUUUUAGCAAAUCACUUUGUGCUACAACAUUUGCGUGAUCGCAUAACUUGCCUUUGGAGACUGUUCGGCCAUGUGAUUCAUUUAUUCUACACCGUGAACUUUUACAUGUCGGUAAAUUCAGUGACUCGAAUUUUGAUGCGAUAUCCAUUUCAGUGCGAUGUAAGUUACCAGUCAGCCUAAUUUUAAGUCACUAUUUUUAGCAGGAUAAAGGUAAUCUGCAUAUAAUGUCAACCACACCUGGCGAAAGCAUCUUUACUUAUCUGUUAAGCGUCCAGGUUGUCCUCCGCGCACUUUCAACUCCGGCUUACACCAUCGCGGUGAACGCCUCGGUAGUCGUUGAGAAACCUAUGGGCCUUUGCUCUUCGGAGCUCUGCGUCUGUGACACUUGAUAUUUACGUGAGCUGCCGGUCGAUAGUGGUCAUCGAGUGUUCCGACCGAGUCAACGACCUGCGUCGGGUCGAUCGUGACCUACAUGAAAUUCGCGCAACUUGAUUAGUGCUUUUAGCAAAUCACUUUGUGCUACAACAUUUGCGUGAUCGCAUAACUCACCUUUGAAGACCGUCCGGUCAUGUGAUUCAUCUAUGCCACACUCCAUGCACUUUUAUAUGUCGAUUGAUACAGUUAGCCGAACUCUAACGCGAUAUCCAUUUCAAUGCGUCAAAAGUUGUCAGUCAUUCUGCUUUUGUGUUACUAUUGUAAUUAAGAUAAAACUAGUCUGCAAAUGUUACCAAAAACGGCUUUUUAUAUUAGGCGUCCAGAUUGUCCUCCGCGCACUCUCAACUCCGGCUUAUACAAUUGCGGCCAACGCUGGGGUGAACGCUUCGGUAGUCGUUGAGAAACUUAUGGGUCUCUCUGGCAACAUGGGGUACGACGCCCUCAAUGACACCUACGUUGAUAUGAUAGAGGAAGGAAUUAUCGAUCCUACCAAGGUCGUUCGCACAGCCCUGGUGGAUGCUGCUGGCGUCGCUUCUCUGUUGACGACUGCAGAGACCGUCGUAACGGAUCUUCCAAAAGAGGAGCCCUCGCCGGCCGCUGGCAUGGGUGGUAUGGGAGGCAUGGGAGGAAUGGGAAUGAUGUGAUCUUUGCGCCACUUGAAUCCGAGUGACUGAGUCAUUAGGCUUCGUAGUGAUUUGUAUUUCUAAAUUUCCAUUUGUCCAAAGGCCCAUUUUCCCCACCAAUAAAACUGCUUUGCAUUUAUG